AUGGCGCGAAAGAGGAAGCUUGAGGCGGCGCCGGGGCUGGACGAGGCGGACCGGACGCUCCACUCCGCCUUCGGUGACGCCGCCAGCUCCGUCUCCCGGCUCUACUCCCAGGCCAUGGCGCAGCAGAGGCACGCCUCCCGCGCCGGCGAGCUCCACGCCCUCGAGAAGCUCUCCCAGUGGAUCCUCAGGAGGCGUGCGGAGGAGCCGACGCUGACGGUCGCCGACAUCAUGGCUCACAUACAGUGCGAGAUGGAAUAUGGCGGAGGCAGGGACGCGCAAGCCGCCCCGAGAUCAGCACACCGCCAUCCACUAGUGGUAGACCCUGAGACGGCCUUCAAACCUUUACAAACUUCGGGGGUAAAUCAGAAAACAAUUCUUUACUGA